AUGGUGCCCCAGGAGACAGGCCCCGGGCCGCCUGGCUGUCCCCUGCAAACUGUUCAUUCCACAUUCUUGGGGUGGUGGGGUGGGUGGGGCUCCCAGGGUGGGUGGGGCUCCCGGGACGCAUAUAAGGCACAGGGCGGCCGGGAGGGGAGCUGGGGCCUCGCCACCGCCGUCCUCAUGGCCCUGCUGCUCCUGGGGCUCUGGGGGCUCCUCCGCACCUGCACCCACCAGCCCCCCCCGGCCCCCCGCUGGCCCCCGGGGCCGUGCCUGCUGCCCCUCGUAGGCCUACAUUUGCUGUGUGUGGCACAGCAGGACCAGUCGCUGAUGGAGCUCGCGGAACAGUACGGGCCGGUGUUCGGUGUCCAUCUGGGGCGCCAGAAGACGACGGUGCUGACCGGCUACGAGGUGGUGAGGGAGGCCCUGGUGGGCACUGGACAGGAGCUGGCCGGCCGGCCCCCCAUCGCCAUCUUCCAGCUCAUCCAGGGAGGUGGGGGCGUCUUCUCCCCCUCCGGGUAGUGCUGGAGGGCCGCCCGCCAGCUCACCGUGCGCACCCUCCGCGGCCUGGGCGUGGGGAGGGCGCCCAUGGCCGACAAGGUCCUGCAGGAGCUGAGGUGCCUCACGGCGCAGCUAGACAGCUACGGAGGCUGGCCCUUCCCACUGGCCCUGCUCGGCUGGGCUCCCUCCAACAUCACCUUCAUGCUCCUCUUUGGCCAGCGGUUCGACUACCGGGAUCCCGUGUUCGUGUCCCUGCUGGGCCUCAUCGACGAGGUCAUGGUCCUCUUGGGGACGCCCGGCCUGCAGCUGUUCAACAUCUACCCUUGGCUCGGGGCCCUCCUCCAGCUGCACCGGCCCGUCCUGCGGAAGGUGGCGGCGGUGCGGGCCAUCCUGAGGAACCUCCUGGAGGCACGGCGGCCCCCCGUGCCUGGGCGAGGGCCCGUGCGGAGCUACCUGGACGCCCUGAUCCAGCAGGGCCAGGGGAAAGACCCCGAGGGCCUGUUUGCCGAGGCCAACGUGGUGGCCUGUGCCCUGGACAUGGACAUGGCUGGCACGGAGACCACGUCCGCCACGCUGCAGUGGGCCGCCCUCCUGAUGGGCAAGCACCCGAGCGUGCAGGGCCGGGUGCAGGAGGAUCCGGACCGAGUGCUGGGGCCCGGGCGGUCCCCCCGGCUGGAGGACCAGCGCUCCCUGCCCUACACCAACGCCGUGCUGCAUGAGGUCCAGUGCUUCAUCACCCUCCUGCCCCACGUGCCGCGGUGCACAGCCUCCGACACCCAGCUGGGCGGCUACCUGCUCCCCAAGGGAACGCCUGUGGUGCCCCUCCCGAGCUCCGUGCUCCUGGACAAGACGCAGUGGGAGACCCCCCCGCCAGUUCAACCCGGGCCACUUCUGGACGCCGACGGGCGCUUCGUGAAGCGGGCGGCUUUCCUGCCUUUUUCUGCAGGCUGCCGCGUCUGCGUCGGGGAGAGCCUAGCCCGGUCGCAGCUCUUCCUGCUGUUCUCGGGUCUCCUGCAGAGGUACCGCCUGCUGCCCCCACCCGGCCUCAGCGCCGCCACCCUGGGCACCAUGCCUGCCCUGGCCUUCACCACGCGGCCGCAGGCCCAGGCCCUGUGUGCGGUGCCCAGGCUGCAGGGGCGCUGACCACGAGAGGCCUGGCCUGACUAUGGGACAAAGUCCCAGGGCCGGGGAGGGUCUGAGUCACUCCCAGCUUGGGGUGCUCGGCAGGUGAUGGAGACAGGACGGAAGGACGGAUGGCUCCCCCCACUGGGCUCUCUGCUGUGGCCACCACAGGCUGCGUAUCCCAACCCCGGCCUGAGAGCCCCACCCAGGCCUGACCCCGUUCUGCCUCUCCCAGGCCCUACACCACAGGGCAGAGCUGGGUUCCCUCCUCCCUCCAUCCCUACACCCUAGGACAUCGCUGCUGCCUGUCUGCACCUGGGCCCCCUGCAGACCCUCCAGGGCGCCCCCCCCACGGGUGCAGCAGAUCCUCACAGGCCUCCCCGCAGCUCCCCGCUGCUCCCUCCUGCAUCCCCCUCCACACUGUCCCCAUCUGGUUCCCCAGCAGGGCCAGUGUCGCCAGAUAACACCUGCCAGGCACAGAGGUGCCACCCACCUGCAGCUGGGGAUGCAGGCAGAUGGCAGGGGCUGCUGGGCCCCGGGAUGACGUCCACCCAGAGGCCAGCCUCAGACCAGCGUUCCCGCUUGCUCUGUGCCGUGCCCGGCCCUGCCCCAGGUCCAGCGGGUUUCCUGCAGACCCCACCCCGUUCUCAGGGGUCCUGGGCACCGUGCUCAGGCAGCACUCUGCCCCUGGAGCCAGGCCCCUGAGCCCUGGGGCCGCCACAGAGACGCCCUUAGCAGAAGACAAGCUAGUUGAGGGGCAGCAGCCACCCAGAGGGCGACGGCGGGGCUCAGGUGGGAAGGAUGAGUAGGAGUUUGCAGGGAGGCCGCCUCCACAAGCCUCUUCUCUGGUCCACUCUGACCCCCCACUCCUCUUCCACAUCUGCCCCCAGAC